UGCUGCCACAGUAUAUCAUUUGUCUUAAUUAGUUUCAGACCUAAACAAAAAUCCCAUACUUAACAUCAGUUAGUUUAAUCAUUAUCAUAAUUAUCAGUGCAAGUAUAUUAAGUAUUGAUAAUUAUUUUAUUGUACUGAGGAGAUCUGCUGUUUUUUAUAUGAUGCUAAUUUGUAUCUGCAGAUGGAAGGCAACUGUUUAUAAACAAUUUGCUGGCAUGGAUUGGUCGGAUGCUAAAAAGAUGCUUGGCAGUUAUGGUCCAUGGCCCAAAGAUUCUCCUCCUAAACUUGUUAAACAGGAUGUUGCUAGUGAAAUUCCCGACAGUUUUGAUGCUCGUACAAAGUGGCCUGGCUCCAUUCACGCGAUUAGAAAUCAGGUACAAAGUAGUAGAGGUAAUAACAGCAGUGUUUCUGGAAUGGCUCAAAAUUUCAGGAAAGUGUCAAGUAGUCAAAUUAUUCAUGAUGACAAUGACUUACUUUCAUGAUGACUUUAGUUUGAUUUUGUUGUUCUUCCAUGCACAUUCUCAAACUCAUUAAUAAUUCAUAAAGAAAAUACAAAGAAAAUUAAUGUUUAAUGAGUGUUUGGAAAUCGGAUGAAAAACUGCUCAGUAUUUGCAUCCUUAAUUUCUCCUUCAAAAAUGAUUUUGUUUGAGAAGAAAUAUCAAACAUUCGACACAGUGUUUCAUCACCAGAUGAAACACCUCGAAGUUCGUCAAAAAUACUCCGCUGCGCGUCGUAUUUUCAACUCUCUUCUCGGUGUUUCAUCUGGUGAUGAAACACUGCGUCUCAUGUUUGAUAUAUUACUUGAAAAAUAUAGCAGUAUAAGAUUAACCGGAAACAUCAGGGAAGUAGCCUUUAGGUCAAACAUAAUAUAACUACCAUCAAUGCAAUGGCGCAGUACAAACCAUUUAGUUGUAGAUAAACAAACUUUUAAAGCUCGAUUUUUUUUUCAUUCUUAGGGUGAUUGUGGAAGUUGUUGGGCUUUUGGAGCCUCAGGUGUGUUAAUGGUCAAUAUUAGUCGAGUUGUUUUACAUUGGUGAAAAAACUAUAGUUAAUUUAUGUCUAAUUUUGUUUCUAUGUUUCUUUUGUUUAAUGCAGAAGCACUUUCAGACAGGUUUGCUGUUGUGAGUAGCAAUCGAAUUAACGUGGUGCUGUCAGCUCAGCAGCUUGUUGACUGUAAUACAGUGAAUGAUGGCUGUAACGGUGGCUGGCCCUUAAAGGCGUGGCAGUACAUGUCCGAAGUUGGGUGAGUGGAUUGGUUCCUGAAAUUUUAAUGUACAGGUUUAUAUAUCUGCCCAAGGAUUGUUUAUACUAUUUUUUGGAGGUUACCAUGACUGGAUCUCAGAGUAAAAGUUCAACGAUAAUGUUUUAAGCUCUAGUUAUCUAGACAAUAAAACUUAAAAAUUUAGCUUAAUCCUCGGCUAGAUCAAACCAUCUGUCAUGGAACCGAGAGGUACCCAUUGCGCCUCGUGUAACUCAGUUUGCUUUCCUCUUUUUUAUGUGUCCAAAGCCUUCUGACUGUACAGUGCUAUGGUGAAUACACCGCAAAAACUGGAACCUGUAGGUUUAAUGGAUCAUCUAUCACACAAUGCCCCAGUGGCUACGGAACACCCAGAUUCUACAAAGCAGAAAACGCAUAUACUGUCAAACAAUCCGUAUGUAAAGUCCUUCUUUGGUCACAUGUAUACUCAUUUUUUUAAAUAAGACGAUAAAAUAAUAUAAAAUAUUGUAAAAUAGGAGUCACAAAGGAACAGUUCUGCAAGAGGUUGCGAAAUACAUCUAUGGGCGAUGUACUAAAAGGCUUUUAAUUGUAUUGAAAAGAAAAAAAAACAGGAUCAAUGUUUUUCUUGUAACUUACAUUGCAGUACCUGCUACUAUUAUGUAGGUCUGCUUUUUUUGUUUGUUUGUCUGCCUUGACUGUCAUCAUCAAACCUUCUUUUGAUUCCGAUCUGUCUCGUUUGUCACAGUAAGUUUGCAAUGAAUCCAACCAGUUGCUCUCUUCAGCACAACUCUCUUCUUUUACUUAGGUUGAAGCAAUUCAGACAGAAAUUAUGACCAACGGACCGGUUGAAGGUACUACACAUUAAUGCUAAUAAAUGCAGAGAAGGUUAUCUCAGUCAAAGAAAGCCUGAAAAGUUCAGGCUUGCCGGGAUUGGAACAUUAGGGACUUUAAGCAAAGAUUACGGAAGGUACUAGUACGGUGACCGGAAGUAAUUUUUUUUUCGCCACCGGUCAAUGUCUCAAGUCAGGGAGUUUUAGAUACCUCGACGGCCAUAGCGGUGAAAAGGUCGCUUAAAAGUGUAUUCGCGUUCUUUUAUUCUUUAUCGCGAUUAUUUUAACUCGCUUUCUGAGGUUGAAGCCGUGCUGUGACCCCCCAACGGCAAGGAAAUAUUAAAAAAAAACAUUCAUAAUAAAGGGCGAUAUCCCUUAUGAAAUCCUCUUUCCCGUCAACUGUAUUUUGCGUCUUUGGUUGUACUUUUCACUUGGGUGUCAUGCGUGCGUA